AGUGCUUUCGUCAACAACCACGAUCACCUCCAUUCUCACCUCUACUUCGACUUGUCCUAUUCGACUUCCAGUGCUCCGUAAAUCUUUACAGUGAUAGCAGGACCAUCAACCCGAUAACUAUAGUGAUACACAGCAGGCGUUUGUACGCUAUCCAUUUUCCAUGGAUGCCGUCAAAGCAGUGGAGACGUACAUCAGUAAGAUGGUGUCCGAGCCGAACGCGAUGAAAGUUCUUCUACUUGACACGCAUACAACACCCAUCGUCUCGUUGGCUUCCACACAAUCCACGCUAUUGUCACAUCAGGUCUAUUUAACGGAUAGAAUAGAUAACAAGAAACGGGAACGAAUGUCACAUAUGAAAUGCGUGUGCUUCUUGCAGCCUAGUGAGGAGAGCCUUGAAGCACUGGAGGCUGAGCUGAAGGAGCCGAAGUAUGGCGAAUACUACCUCUACUUUAGCAAUAUCCUCAGCAAGACAGCAAUUGAACGUUUAGCGGAUGUUGACGAAUAUGAAGUAGUCAAGGAAGUCCAGGAAUACUUUGCAGAUUACGCUCCCAUUCUCCCCUGUCUUUUCUCUCUCAAUCACUUCCCGAAUGAUUCGCGGCCCCUCUAUGGCAACUCACCAAAUACAUGGGAUCCUAAGGCACUGGAUCGAGCAGUCCAGGGUCUUACUGCCGUGCUAUUGAGCCUGAAGAAGAAACCGGUGAUCAGAUAUGAGAAAUCUAGUGCUAUGGCGAAGAAACUGGGUGUCGAACUCCAUCAUCGGAUACAAAGCGAAACUCAAUUAUUCGACUUUCGACCAGCGCAAGUUCCGCCAUUACUACUCAUUCUGGAUAGGCGAAACGAUCCUGUGACGCCUCUAUUGUCGCAAUGGACGUACCAGGCCAUGGUGCACGAACUUCUAGGCAUUCAGAAUGGUCGGGUUGAUUUGGGCUUGGUUCCUGACAUUCGUCCCGAAUUGAAGGAAGUGACCUUGACGCCUCAAACCGACCCAUUCUUCCAAGCUCAUCAUCUUGCAACGUUUGGUGAUCUCGGAACCUCUUUGAAAUCAUAUGUGCAAUCCUACCAAUCCCGUUCACUAGCAAAUGCGCCUUCAUCCAUCAACUCGAUCAGUGAAAUGAAGCGGUUCGUAGAGGAAUAUCCGGAAUUUCGCAGAUUAGGUGGUAAUGUCAGCAAACAUGUCGCCAUGGUCGGCGAGCUGAGUCGUAUCGUGGAACGGGACAAAUUACUUGAAGUCGGUGAAGUCGAGCAAGGUCUUGCGACUGGCUCAGGUGCCGAUUUGAAGAGUGUUCAGACGAUCAUAACGAACCCAGCUAUUCCGCCAUGGAAUAAGCUACGGCUUGUGAUCCUAUACGCGCUUCGGUAUCAGAAGACCCAUGCGAACAAUGUCGCAUCUCUCAUUAACCUUAUGCUGGAGAAUGGGGUUUCGAGGGAAGAUGCAAAGCUCGUCUAUGUUUUCCUGAACAUCGCCGGUUCUGAUCAAAGGCAAGAGGACCUCUUCUCGGCAGAAUCGCUGUUAGCAAAAGGACGUUCGGCUUUGAAGGGCCUGAAGGGUGUUGAAAACGUUUAUAUGCAACAUACACCGCAUCUUUCACAGACGUUGGAGAAUUUGUUCAGAGGAAGACUAAAAGAAACAAAUUUCCCUUUUCUGGAGGGUACUGGUCCGAAUAUGGGUUUGCAAAGACCACAGAACAUCAUAGUGUUCGUGAUCGGAGGUACCACGUAUGAAGAAGCAAGAACAGUUUCCCUGCUGAAUCAAGAGGCUUCGACGAGUGGUUCACUAUCGGCAGGAGCCCAUAUCCUGCUUGGUGGAACCUGUGUUCACAACUCGUCCAGCUACGUGGAGAUGAUUCGCUCAGCAGCGAUUCAUUUCCCGGCCUCUGUUUACGACCCACCACCAGAGUCUGCUAGCACCUUGCCCUCAUUGAAUCUUAACCUCGGAGGAGUCAACGUAAGUCUUGGUGGUGGCGGGACCGGAGUCUAUAGAACUAGUGGAGAGGGAGUAAGUCUCCAGGCAGAUGGGCUGAAAGACGGUGUGAAGACGUUCCUGGGUAAGGUUCGACAGGGUGUCGAUAGGAUUGCUUCCCAAUGAUUUCUGUUCCCUUCCAACUCGCAACUCAUUCUCUUACGCAAUCUUGUAACUUAUAUCAUCUGCUUUCUAUCGAUUUCUUACUCGGAGCCCUGCUGAUCAUAUACUGAAUGACUUCAUACCAUCUUC